GGGAAGUAAGAAGACGAAAUUCGGAAAGAUUGACAAGUGUUUGUGUGAUAUCUUUCCGUGAUUGUGUGGGCCAGAGGCCUUAAUCGUAAUGCAUGCCUCUUUCAAAAGUACACAAAGCCCCAAUCUUAGAUUCGUCAACGCGAGAAGAGAAUCCGUUGAGCAGAAAACGCAAAUUCAGUGAAAAUUAUAUCUUCGCCUCCACGAGCAAAAGGGCUCGAGAACAUUUGGAAAACGAGAGCCAAACAACAACAACAAUGACUGAUGCGCCUAAAAGGGCGAACUUUUCCGCCCUAAAUCCCAGUAAUGGCAUUGCCAGACAUGCCUCGCCACUGUCUAACAACAAGUCUGGGGCUAUCAAGAAGCUAGUUAUCAAAAAUUUCAAAGAAAAGCCCAAGUUGCCUGUGAACUUCCAACAGGAGACCCUGGAGAAGCUGAAGGAAGCUGUAGAAGCUAUCCACACCAGCCACUCCAUCAAAUCCAGCCUAGAAGAAUUGUACAAGGCUGUGGAAAACAUGUGUUCUCAUAAGAUGUCGGCUAUGCUCUAUGAUGAAUUGAAAAAAAUCUGUGAAAACUUUGUGAAGUCAAAUCUUGAACAGUUCUUGGGAGAUACCACUCAUUAUGAACAGUACCUGAAGUUGAUGGAUAGCUGCUGGCAAGCUCACUGUAGACAGAUGAUAAUGAUCAGGAGUAUAUUUCUUUACUUGGACCGGACAUAUGUACUACAGAACAACUCUGUAUUGUCUAUAUGGGAGAUGGGUCUAGACCUGUUUCGUCAGCACAUUAUCAGUCACAACACCGUCCAGCUGAGGACCGUGGACGGUCUGCUGCUGCUGAUAGAGAAGGAGAGGAACGGGGAGGCUGUUGACAGGCACCUGCUGAAGAGUUUGCUCAGGAUGCUGUCAGAUCUACAGAUAUAUCAGUCGGCGUUUGAGAAGAAGUUCCUGGAGGCAACAGACAGAUUGUACGCGGCAGAGGGAAGGAGGCUCAUGCAGGAGAGAGACGUGCCGGAAUAUCUGACUCAUGUCGACAAGAGGCUGAAUGAAGAGACGGAGAGGCUGUUACACUACCUGGAUCAAAGCACAAGAAAACCUUUGAUUGCUAUAGUAGAAAAGCAACUGUUGGAACAACACCUGUCUUCUAUAUUAGGCAAAGGACUGGACCAGCUGUUGGAUGAGAACCGGGUCACAGAUAUCAGCCUUCUCUUUCAGUUGUUUGUCAGGGUCAAAGAUGGCAUCAAAGAGCUCUGCUCUGCCUUCGCUACUUACAUCAAGCUGACUGGCCGCAUGGUUGUGGUGAACACAGACAGUGAUCCAGAGAAAGACAAGGAUAUGGUACAAAAAUUAUUAGAUUUUAAGGAUAAGAUUGACAACAUUAUAUCAGUGUGUUUGGGGAGGAAUGAGAAGUUUAUCAACUCCAUGAAGGAGAGUUUUGAGCACUUCAUUAACCAGAGACAGAACAAACCAGCUGAGCUGAUAGCUAAGUAUGUGGAUUCUAAAUUAAGAGCAGGAAACAAGGAAGCAACAGAAGAGGAAUUAGAGCGCUUGCUGGAUAAGAUCAUGGUUCUCUUUAGGUUUAUACAUGGUAAAGAUGUGUUUGAAGCAUUUUAUAAGAAAGAUCUUGCCAAACGGUUACUGGUGGGCAAAAGUGCCUCAGUGGAUGCCGAAAAAUCCAUGUUGUCGAAGUUAAAACAAGAAUGUGGGGCAGGUUUUACCAGUAAACUGGAGGGGAUGUUUAAGGACAUGGAGCUCUCCAAAGACAUCAUGCUCGCCUUCAAACAGCACAUGAUGAAUCUGGAUGCCCCUGGUGGUAUUGAUCUGACAGUGAACAUCCUGACCAUGGGCUACUGGCCAACCUACCCUCCCAUGGAAGUUCACCUUCCAACAGAGAUGGUCCAGUAUCAGGAAAUCUUCAAGAAGUUUUACCUGAGCAAACACAGUGGGAGAAAGUUACAGUGGCAACCCACUUUAGGACAUUGUGUUUUAAAGGCAGAGUUUCGGGACGAGGUGAAGAAAGAGCUACAGGUGUCUCUGUUCCAGACUUUGGUUUUAUUAUUGUUCAACGACGCAGUGGAGUUUGUGUAUGAAGACAUCAAACAAGCUACAUCCAUAGAGGAAGGGGAACUAAAAAGGACGUUGCAGUCAUUGGCUUGUGGAAAAGCAAGAGUUCUCCUGAAGGUUCCAAAGGGUAAAGACAUAGAAGAUGGUGACAAGUUCACGUUUAAUGAGGAUUUCAAGCACAAACUUUUCCGCAUCAAAAUCAACCAGAUUCAGAUGAAGGAGACGCAAGAGGAGAAUGUCAACACUACAGAACGAGUAUUCCAGGAUCGCCAGUAUCAAGUCGAUGCUGCGAUUGUGCGCAUCAUGAAAACAAGAAAGAGCUUGUCCCAUAACCUGCUGAUAUCUGAGCUGUACAACCAACUCAAGUUCCCUGUCAAGCCCUCUGACCUGAAGAAGAGGAUUGAGAGCCUUAUUGACAGGGAUUACAUGGAGAGAGACAAGGACAAUCCAAACCAGUAUCACUACGUGGCCUAGAAAGGCCACUCAACAGUUCUGUGAUGGACAGUGUAAAUUGUGAAAGUUCACAUAAAUACAUAUCUACUAGUGCGAGAUUUUACCAGCAGUUGAUUGGCCAAGACAUUUCAGUGUUUACCUCCAGGCUUCUAAUUGGCUAUUAUAAAGUGUGAUGACCGGGUCGUGACACAGGCUGUCAAGGGUAUGAUUGGCCAGACGAGGUCAUGUGACUAACCCAUGCGUUGUCAUGGAGAUGUGACUCUUCCCGCUUUCUUGGAUGUGGGGAUUUGUGAGGGACAGGCUUGUGUGGAAUGCUUUCCCUCAAAAUGUGACGAAUCUUUUUUUUACGCUUCUGAUGUUUUGUGAUUCCUUUCCCUUGUGAAAGUAUGUGAAUAUGCUCCAUCUUACAAAAUGUUGAACUAAGUAUAAAACAAAAAAAAAAAGAGAGACUAAAGAAGUGCACACUGGUGAGAGUUUGUGAAAACCUACAGUAAACACUUUGCCCCAGUUGUGAAAGACAUGAUAUGAUUAGAAUUUUACAUUCUGAUAUACUUGUACAUUAGGAUGAUUCGAGUGC